AAUACAACAGGCUGUGUUCACGGACACGUCGUAACGUCGUAAUAAAUACACCAUGAGUCACGUGGACGUGGACAACAUGGAGCCCUCGCGCUUCGAAGAGGAACACUACGACCAAUAUGAGUACUACAACCUGAGCGACAAGUACACAGAAGGCUCUGCCCGCAAAGGCCGCACGAAGAAGGAGGCCAGCGACAACACCAACCGGCCCAGCCCGUCCGGGCACGAGCGCAAGAUCGUGGAGAAGCUCCAGAACGCGCAGAAGAACGCCAAGGAGUGAGCGCGAGGGCGACUCGGACGGCUUACCCCGGACCCUGAACCCGGACCUGGACCUGGACCUGGACCUGGACCUGGACCUGGACUCGGACCUGGACCUGGACUCGGACCUGAACCCGGACCUGGAUCUGGACUCGGACCUGAACCUGGACCUGGACCUGGACCUGGACCUGGACCUGGACUCGGACCUCCUGAAGGUUAAUACCUGCCGGACGUGAAGAGGAGCCCACAGAUCCAGGGAGGAAGAGGCUCCUCCCCCUGCUGGUUGAUGGGGAGCACUCACCUGCACCUGGUCCUGCUCGGACCACAAGAGUGCCCGUGAGGUCCAGAGUGCCCGUGAGGUCCAGAGUGCCCGUGAGGUCCAGAGUGCCCGUGAGGUCCAGAGUGCCCGUGAGGUCCAGAGUGCACGUGAGAGUAUUACAUCCAUAACUUCCAGACGGAUGACAUGAAGGUUCUUCAUGAAUUAAGAGUUGAAUGUUUUAUUUUAAGUCUUCUUUGUUCUCAUGCUAACAUGCUAAUGUGCAAAUAAAUAAACAAAUAAAAGUC